AUAGUAGACAAACUAAUAUCUAAAUCAUAUCGACACUAUUAUGACUGUGAUCUUAGACAGCCUACUUCACCCUUUGUAUAUCUAUUAUCUAUGACCUAGUUCAUAGAACUUAGAAAUUACAUUCAAAUACGGCAUACGGCCAUAAAUAUAAAUAUAACCCUCAACUGUAGUAAAGAAAUCUCAUGCACUAAUGUUAAACUAAAGUGAAAAAUUUUUUUGCUGUAAAGAAGUGUUUUCUGCAAAUUAAAAUAUAUAUAUAUUGUUAAUUGUAUAUGUUAUGGAGUUAAAUUUAGAAAAGUUCGAGCAAGGAGCCGAAGCAAUUCUUUAUAAAGAAGCAAGUGCAGAAGAUAAAGGAGUAGAUUUGUACGUACUUGAAAGGGCCCUUCUCAGUAUGCAUCAUAACAGUGAUAUAGUGUUUUCUGUCAUAUUUAAAGCAUAUAAAGACUUCUACAGAAAAGGACAUCAAGAAGUUGUACAGAAAUAUGAAGAAAUUAGGGCUAGGGGACGCAAAAGAACGAUGGUUGGGUAAUUAACUAUUAGUUAAAUUGUAUUUGCAUUACCUAUAUUUGAUGUAUUAAAUUUUCUAUGAAGAUUGAUAUUUUAUUAUGCUUGAGAAGCAGUUCAUACUUUAACAGAGGGAAAUAAAUAGUUGUUUUUAAAACGUGA